CGGAAUAUGGUUACGUGAAGGCGGGAAUAUAUAUACUCUUUGGGCGGGAUCCGUUUGACGUAAAGAGAAAUGAGUAGUGAGUGGGGGUGGAUUGUGUGUAACUACAACAUGCGUAUGUGCGGGGAGCAAUAGCAUUUGACCCUAUUUGUUGUGAAUGGAAGAAAGUAAUCAUUUGUUAGAUCGUGUAAAUAAAUAUAGUAAGUAAACAAAAGUAGAAAAUGGGAGAAUCAGAUAACAUUGAAGACGUAGGUUAUCUUCAAGAUAUUAUUAGCUACAUUUUUGAUGAGAAGAAAAUUGUUACAUAUAAAUGGAUAAGCAACGUCCUUAGUAUUCAUGUCAAUCGAGCAAAACAACUGCUCUUCACUUUUAUAAAGCAUAUAUCAGAAGAACGUUUGAAAGAAUUACAAGUAACGUACCUUGUUGGAGGAAUUCUUCCCAAUGAUAGAGGAUGUCGUUUGCAAGUUGUUUCAGAAGACAAUUUGGAGAAAGUUAAAGCACAAUUUAAAGUGAUAACUUCUGAACACAUUUACAGUGUGUCUCUUAAAACUUGCUUGGUGGACUUGCAAAAUCUUUGUUCUGUUGAUGGUGUGAAAGACAGUGAAGUAGGAAGGCAUGGAGCAGUAAAAUGUCUCAAAAGUAUAUCAAGAACAUCUCAAGAAAAUGCUUCUAAACGUCAAGGAGCUUAUAAGUGUGUUGAAGAUGACAAAAAAUGGCCUACUGCACAAGCAAAGACAGAGAAAGAAACAUCAACGGGAAGUAAUGGAAAGAAAUCUGCUAAAGCUAAUGGAAUUUCUGCUAUGUUUGCUGCCCAAAAUGGCAAAAAGAAAGUUGAAGAUACCUCUCCUAAGAAACCAGAUGUGAAAAGUGCAGAAAAACCCAGCCCAGAAAAGAAAGUUCCUGCACCAAAAAAUUCUUCAAAAGGUGGCAAACCUCCAGCCAACAGGCUUGCUGCUAUGUUUUCUGCCCAGAACACAAAACCAAAGACAGCAAAGAAAGAUGUGCAAGAAGAAGAUAAGCCCAAAACCAAUAAUGAAAAUUCUGAAAAAGACCUGAAAGAUACCAAAAAUAAUUCAAAAUUAGAAGAAAAGCAUGAGAAGAAUACAGAUAGUAAGAAUACUCAGGAAAAGUCCUCUAAGACAAAUACAAAAUCAGCAAGUAAAAAGUCUAAACAAAAGAAAAGGAAAGCUAGUGAUAAUCAAGAAAAAAGCAAAAAAAGGAAACGUAUUGUGAUGAUGGAUGAUUCAGAUUCAAGUGAUGAUGAUAUAUUUGGAAGUGAUAAAGAUGAUGAUGAAGAAGAAGAAGAUAAAUCUUUACAGCUACCUCCUGAGAACGAAGAAGAAGAAAUUGAAAAACCAACAGAAGUUGCUCCACCCAAGGACUCAGAUCCCUCGGAACCAGAUGCAAAUGUCCAUCAUGCUCGUAAACGUCAUUUAGUGGACACAACUUUUAUGGAUGAAGAGGGAUACAUGGUGACCAAAAAAGUGUACGAGUAUGUAAGCUGCGAUGAAAGUGGCAGUGAAGGGGAGAAGGAAAACGAAAAAGCUUCAAAAUCCAAGAACAAUAAGACAGAAAGUGAAUCCAAGGACAAAGAGUCAGAAUCGGAACCCAAGAAAUUGAAGGCAGACAAACAGACACCCAAAACAGUUCAAGGUCCACAAAAAUCUCUAAAAAAUAGUAAUCAAAAAAAGAACUCUUCACCUGAGAAAAAGAAACAAGCCACAUUGAUGAACUUUUUCAAACGUAAUUAGGACUUCUGUGGUACUAAUUUCCACCGAUUAGAAUUUGAUGGCACCAAUUCAGAACACCUUUCCUAGAAAGUGAACAUCUUUGCUGUCACAAAAUUUUCUUAUGAUAUAAAUAAUUUUCUUUUGAUGUUUAAGAAUGAAUUAAAUUUUAACAAUCUCAUUGGAUGUAAAUUAAAAUUUUUAAAUUUCUUUGAGGUUCCAGCCAUUGUUAUAAAUAAAUGUAAUUAUUCUUGUAAUUAUUAUUUAAUUACUAUUUUAACCUAGUUCCAUUUCGUACAUUGUGUUUAAUAAUACCAUUUAUGAAUGAAAUGUUCUAAACUAUCAUAAAUCAAUCUUUAAUCAAUUGUAAGUUACUAAUGUACUAUAUAGUAAUUUGUAACAUAAUUUCCUGCAUCCUGCAAAUCUAUCAUGAAUUUGGUCAACUGAAGCGAGAUAGAAACUUCAUGUUCUUCACUUAUAACUUCUUGUUUAUGGCUCCCCUAAAUUGAUUUUGAUUGUCAACUCUAGGUUUUGUGCGGUGGCCUGGGACAAAAAGUUAUAAUAGUGUAUUUAUUACUUUCUUACUAUUGCUUAGGCAGAGUAGAGAAACUCAUUUCUGUCUUGGACUCCCUCAUCAUUUGUUGCUAGGCAGCCGCAUAAUGUCAAUAGAACUUGAUGUGGCAUUUAGCACUAUUUUAAAUUAUUUAUACCAUUUUAUUCCACAUGUUAAUUGCAUCUGCAACAGAUUUUGUUUUAUUUAAUCUGUAUUCCAAUUUUAAAUUGGAAUAUAGAAUGGGUGCAAAGGCCCAUAGCUAUUGAAGCACCCUUUAAAAUUCAGUCAAUUUUUCUCAAGGGAGGGACUAAAAGUAUAGUGUCCACCUGACAUGAUACUUGCCAAUAAAGAAUGUUUAAUGUAAAAUGUAUUUUUAUUUUAUAAAUAUUUACAAUGUUCACAAUUAAUAUAUUGAAUUACUUGUGUUAGUACAGCAAAUUAGUAAAAGC